AGCCAUCUCAUCGCUAUUGCCACACCAUCAACAACUCCUCCUUUCCGGUCCCGGCAUACUUUCCUUUUCAAAAUUUCCGUCAGCUGUGCCCCCAUUCCGAAAGUUAGAUUGUUGCUCUAAAUAAUCAGUCAAUGUCAUAAUGAUUCGAUGCAAAUAUUCCUCGCGUUAGAGCGCGCCGUUUCCACUGAAGGACAACUGAUAAGGGGCGCACGGGAGCCGUAGGAGGUGUGCCGAUUAACUUUACCAACAUGGUGCAUUGGGGGAUCAAGCUGUUUCACGUGGUUGCUUUCUGCACGUACGCUUACUGCAUCUACUAUUCUGAGGUUCACUUGGACAUUCCACAGCGGUCUCCAUCCCACAAGAGAUUCGGCCGCUACAAGUACCUCACCCAUUGGAACUUGACAUUUCAGGGGUUGAUGUUCACCCUGAGCUGCUUCCUUGACUUUGCGCCGAUGCAAAACAAGCGAAGGCUCAAGCAGGUUUACGACCACCUAUUUGUGGCGCUAUCGUUACCGGCGAGCAUGUUUAUUACCGGAUUAUUUUGGGCACUCUACUUCUAUGACCGAGAGCUGAUUUUUCCAAGAUCACUUGCGAUCUACUACCCAUGGUGGCUCAACCAGCUGUCGCACACCAACAUUACAUUUUUCGCAUUGCUCGAAGCCAAGCUCGUCCACCAUGCCACGCCUGCCAGGAAAGAUGGGUUUCGUACCAUCUUCAUGUUAGUCUGUGCCUACGUCGGAUGGAUCGUGUACCUCGGAAUGGUGCAUGACCUCUGGGUGUAUCCAGUCCUCGAGUACAUGUCCCCAGCCCUGCUGCCGUUCUUCAUCGGCUGUUGCUCGGCAGCCGUAUUUGGCGUGUACAUUAUUGGAGAAAAAAUCAACUACCUGUUCUGGCGUAGCCGCCAUACCUGCGGCGAGGUACGAGCCGAGUCCAUCGGAGUCUGAACAUGCAGACUGAUGUUACGGUGCAGCGUGAAGAAAUCGUCUUAUCUAGUCUAAUAGCCCUCGUUGAAAAAAUUGCACAGAAAUUGUCACUUUACUUAGCAGUUGUUACUGCAUGGCUAGUGAGUGAAAAGAUAGCAAUGUUGCACGACGAUGUUGUGCGAAAUGCAAUAUUGAUGUAUAUGCAGCAUACAAGAGUCAAACAGGCUGUCAAAUUAAGCUUCGUAUAUACUCAGAGAAAAAAAUGCACUGUCAAUUGACAGUGGUUCAUGCAAUUUUUACAAUUUUUAAUGUUAGUGGCAGGCGAAAUUCAUUGUGACCAUGCCAGUAGCAGACCAGCCUGUACUAGUCAUUAUGUCAUUAAAACGCGUUUUAGCUUGCUGUAAUGGCAUUUUUCCUAGGGUGCGACCAUUACUGAAUGGGCACAUUUGAGUGCCCCCCAUAUUUCACACCAAAGAAAUCAAAUUGUUGUCAAUUCAUGAAACCUCUUGUCCUGAGCGAAGGGGUAGAAUGUCACUAUCACGUGCAGUAUUGCCCGUGGUUCAUGCUAAUGCAACACAGUUGAUACCAGAUAUAUCGAACGGUUGUGAAAUUCUUUUGAAAAUCCCAACAGUCUGCCUGGCUCGCUGCCUGCGUAUGUCAGUCGGCCAUUUAAGCAGAAUAUUGCAAUGCCCUGACACACAACCAACCAUGUUCAUGUGCAAUUCGCAGUACAAGUGUGCUGAUGGCAGCACAGCGCAUAUCCAUGCAGGCUAGUUCGCUUCUACGGUGUGUCCUUCUCUUGAAUAAAAACACGCAACAAGCACUCUAGCGCACGCACUGUGCGCUGCGGUUUCACACCCGGGGUUUUGGGUUAGCGGUUAGACCAUUCCGCAGCACCGCGAGCGAUUUGCAGUGUUCACGAGAAAAAAAAUCAGUAAACUUUUGUCCACUCAAUACGGCCUUGGAGAAGCAAAUCGGUAAGUUCCUGCUUUUGACAGUCUAGGGAAACUAUUCGAAAUGUGCAGAGAUUUUAGAUAAGCUUUAGAUAAACAUGUUUUACAUUUCAAAUUAUUCGUGUACCAAUCUGCGUUGUGAUCUCCUUUGAGUUCGAUAUAUCCGCGGGCGACUGUACUUUCUUUACCAUACAUGAAACUUGAUCCGUAGAUUUUACUUAUUGUGAUGUUUGCUUUUUUUUACUAUUCUAUUGAUAUUCUUACGGUGAUGUAAUGUGGGGCAUGUUAAGUGUGUAGUGCAACGUAGUUCUUUUUUUAUUUGUUUUGGCAUGGCUAUUUAGAUAUAUGGGUAAUACAGGUGUGUGGUUAAUGUUUUCCUGACCAUUUCCCACCAGAUGGGCAUGUUAGAACGUGGUACUGCCAUAUUUUACAUGGGGAUACCCAGCUGUACAAUGCUGUCUCCUCUGAAAGCAUUUGCAUGCAAUAUCUGAUGCCUUUUUGAGAGAAUAAAAUGUUCAUAUGUUAA